CCGGCUACAGUAGAGGAACACUACUGUCAUGUAAUCUAAACGCGAUCAAGGUUAUACCGAAGAUACUGGAGCAAAAACAUGAACAGCAUUUGACAAAAACAGUGGCACCAUAUAUUGGUCACGAUGAGCGUCCCCGGCAUCCUUGUAUCCGCUGCCCGAAGCUUCAGCCUGACGUGUCCGUCCACCAGUCUGCUCCGCUCCCGCCUGCUGGGAGCCAGCUCGAUCAAAAGAAGAAAUAUGACCUCCAGAAGACAAAUGGACCAUCUAGAGAGGACAGCGAGCAACAGCAGACAAAAUGCUCUGUAUCCUGCCAAAGUAUGUGGCAUCAUAAACGAGUCAGAAACAGUCAAACGCUUGAGAAUAGCCGUCCAUCCAGACUUCAGCUUCAAAGCAGGACAGUGGGUGGACUUCUUCAUUCCUGGUGUAGAGAAGGUGGGAGGUUUCUCCAUGUGCUCCAGCCCGGGUUUGCUGCAGAGGGAUGGAGUCAUUGAACUGGCUGUCAAAUACAGCAAACACCCCCCGGCACAUUGGAUUCACACCACGUGUACACUGGGCUCCCACGUGGCCAUGCGUGUCGGCGGGGACUUCUUCUUCGACCCGUCGCCCACUGACUCCUCUGUGGAUUUGCUGCUGGUGGCUGGAGGUGUAGGGAUCAACCCCCUGUACUCUAUUUUGUUGCACAUGACAGAUCUGCUGCAUGUCAACCACGCCUCGGGCGGGCGGGACUACAACAUAGGCUCCACCCAUCUCUGUUACAGCGCUAAGAACACCCAGGAGCUGCUCUUCAAGAGGUCCAUCAUGGAGGCGUGCCGGGAGUUCCCUGACAAGCUGUCCUGUGAUUUCCAUGUCACGCAACAAAGCACAGAUGUGGACUCACACCUCCAGCCAUUUAUCAAGCACGGAAGAAUCACGGAGGAACAGUUGAGGGCUCAUGUAGACCCACAGAGGACUUUGUGUUACCUGUGCGGGCCACCGCCCAUGAUUGAAGCAGUUUCAAAAACCCUCAUGGAGCUCGGCCUCCCAAAAGACAGAAUCAUCUUCGAGAAGUGGUGGUAGAAAAACUCCUACAAUUCCCAGAGACCUACAGGGUUGUUCUCCUGACUCCUGCUCCUUUUUUUUUUUUUUUUUUUUUUGGUCUGGGUGUGUUGAGAAUGGAAAGAAGCUGAAAUAUUCCGAUGAUGUGGACGUUGAUGUGCGUGCUCAAGUAGUUGCGGGAAUUCAACCUCCAAUCUGCUGCUGCUGAAACCUGACCUGUGUAUGAUCUGUGAUAGACCGCUGGGACCACCCACUCUUCAGCUAGCAGCUGACUCACAGAAACAGUAGAAAUGAGUUUUAUUUCUUACAAUGAACAACAUAAGACUGGGUAAUUAUUGACUUUUAGUAAGCCAUUGUUCAGCUUGUUGCAAUAAAUCUGCAACUCCAGUGUCCCCAACAUGUGUAUGAUGGACACAUUGACACAGAUGUUACACAGAUUCAAGUCCUAUCUCAUUUCCAGCCUCAACUUGCUUGACUGAAGUGCUACUUAAAACAAAUUAAUGGAUGAUGUUUAGUUAUUUUUACCUGAAUGUUCAUGCAUUCACCUUUACAAGCAUGUCUUAAAGCUGUAGUUUGACAUUAUGGGAAAAACUGUUUGCUGAGAGUUAGAUGAGAAAAUCAUGAUCACUCACAUUAUUACGUUAAAUAUGAAACUUCAGCCAGCAGCCAGGUAGCUUAGCAUAAAAACUGGAAAUGCACGCUAUCCCGUGGUAAGAAAACCCACCUACUAGCACCUCUAAAGUUCACUAGAUACUGUGUUAUACACUAAAAACAAAUUUUAAUGUUACACCAAAUUCUCAGCAAGCAAAUGAAUAAGUGAAUUUCCCAAAAUGUUGAACUGUUCCUUUAAAGGCCCUGGGACAUGAACAAAAUAGCAAUCUGUGCCACUAUUUUACACUGUACACUAUGUUUAAGGACUUAUUUUCUUAUAUCAAAAUACCUCUAAUUUGAUGAAAUGUUUUAUUAGAAGUGUUAUACCAUAUAUAUAAUUGGUGGUACCACUAUUUAUUUGCAGAAAUUUGCUAUUUAUUUGCUGAACGUAAGAUUUUAGAGUUGGUUAGAGUUAAGAGCGAUGCUUUUCUACAGUUUACUCGAAUAAUUUGACACUAUUGAGUGCAUUUUUGGAGUCAAAAAUUUAAAUCACCCACAUAUUGGCCAAUGUCCCCGUUUUACUCACUUACACUGUUAGAAGCAUACACAGUGCCCAUCUCACACUUUCCCUCAAUCACACAUGUUCACAUACCCAUAAACGCUUUCUCAUCCCGGGGUGGAGCGAAUAUCCCAUGGUGCACUGUAAUGGAACCUCCAGGUGGUCUCUGAUUGGCUUGGAUCACCGAACAUCCCUUGGAGAUGGUUGCAGGCUUCUUGCCGUCGUCUCUCAGCGGGGGAUAUGCUGUUGACUCAUUUGAGUUGUUUCCGCCUUUCUUCCUCAUAUGAGGAAAACUGUUUAUGCUGGUAACGUGAGAUUUAAAGGAAAUAAAGGAAAUUGAGUCAAUUUGUUUUUUAAACA